UCGGUCAUCAUUGCCGAUCGCUCACGCGGAGAAAUUGAAAGAGAGAGAGAGAUCCCCCCGUGUCUCAUGGGCGUAGGUUCACGGAAUGUCUGAGCGAUGACUGGUGCCUGUAUCCUUAUACCGAAGGCCGAUCUGCGGCGAGGUGGCAGGUGCCUCCUUUCCGUGAUUGCUGUACGCGUUGAAAAGGGGCUUCGCGGUGAUCGGCGGGAGCAAGAAUAGCCGACGUGAUUCUUGGAAAUAGAGUAGGGUGCCUCUUCAGAGAACCACGCGAGAGAGAAUCCUCGUCGGCAUCCUUGGUUUCUGCCGGUGGCGCGAAUCGUGGAAAUUUACGAGACCUCGUCCGUUUCUUUUUAUCGGUCUAUCUUGCUCGCGCGCCCGUUCAUCGAAGUAUAUGCGAGCGUGCGGCGGCUUGCGUCAUUGCCUCGCGGGUCUCUCUCUCUCUCUUCUCGCGCGUUCGUAUGCGUUCGUUGCGGCCUACGUGCGGCUAAGAAGAGACAUGGCAACGGCGCGUGAAGCUAAACAUAUUAACUGUCGGCUCACGCCACAAAAACAACAUGAUCUCAUUCCGCGGCGCAUAUGCAAGAGGCUAACGUAUACCUCAAAAUCUCAUUCAAAAGCGAUUCCAGCGGCACGAGAGGCAAAAAGGGACGACGAAGAGCGAGAUGGACGGGAGAUCCUGUUCCGAGAAAAGGAACACGCGUGUCAAAGGAUGGAGGUGCUGAAAUAAUGCACAAAGAGAAGGAGAUAUUAUAUGCAAAGUGGCGUCGAAAGUACUCGGUGCAAAGUUCAAAGAUUUCUCGUUGGUAGUCGACGAGAACGAUAACUAUUCCGUGCCGCCUGGUAGAACGAUGAUACGAUUUCAGUCGAACCUGCCUGCCGGUGACUGCAGGCUAACACGGUCACGAGCGCUUUUCCUGGAAAAUCCCUUCACCCACCAGCUGCCCGGCUGUAAAAUUUCCUGUUAUAACCGGCCAGUCGUACGCCUUUGAUGUACGUACCGGCGGUAUCUCCUACGACACAAACGUCCGCGACCUAAUCUAAAUGAUACGUCUAGUCUUUCGACGAACAAGCCUCGUCGUAAUUAGCCGCGCGACCGAUCGCGACUUCCAUCGAUAACGGCCUGUGAAAUUCGUACGCGCGUACGACGAUAAGCGUGUAACGGAUUGUAGAAAAGCUCGAGCUACUACAUUCCGUGCAUCGGGAAGCUGAACGGCGGAGGCACAAUCGUCGGCUGUUGAGGAGAAAGGCGAGCAAAAAUCGAGGCUCCAUGCUGGCUGCCGCGGCGAGCUGCUAGGCGACCGCGGCGCAGGCAGGCGUCAGACGUCCACGGCAGACAACAUGGCGCCGAGAGCGCCGCCGUCAUGCCGGCGUGACGUUUCCCGCGCGUCAUUAACGGAAGUGAGCGCAGAAAAUGGCGGAGUUUACGGCGCUGAGGUGUGAAAGGGAAGAAAGAGGGAAGGUGGAGGGGGACGGUGGGGCGCCUACGGACGGUCAAGCAGCCGAGCGAGGUAGGAUGACGGGAGAGAUUAGUCGGAUAGGUUAGGUUGCUAACGCAAAGAAAGAAGAAUAACUGGUAGCCGCCUUCGGCAGUGGACUAGCGCGUCCGUGCCUGUACGAAUGAGGCAACGGGGUAUUGAGGGGGCGGCCACUGGACGGAAAAAGAGGAGACGACAAAGGAGACACGUCGGACGGAGAGAGCGUGAAACGAAGUAGCGGGCCUCGGGUGGGGGUACGGUGGAAGAGAGGCCGAGAGAGUGCGAAUAGGGAGGCUCGAGCGAGUGAGAAAGCGAUCGGCGACGGUAGAGGGGUGGACUGUUCCCAGUGGGAAGCGGUCGCAGUUCUCGCGGCGAGCGGUGGUGGGGAUGGAAAUUAGUUGCGGCAUCUACCAAGACCUAAAAGGAACUCCGGCGCCGCGCACGGCCAAGCCACUUCGUGCAAUGUUACGCGUCAAGGUAUACUCGUGCGUCGUUCUCAGUGCCGGUUUCGAAGCUCACAGUGCUCGUAGUCGUCUCAGUCGUCGUCACUGUUGUACACGGACUCGUCGUUCUUGCGGCCGAUCCGACGCUCGUCGUCGUCGAGCGAGUUAAAUGUGUAAUGUGCUAAACGGAGACACUAUGACCUGCGAUUAUGGUGUGAGUAAGGUGCUCAGUAAAGAUAGUUCAGUGCGAGUAAUGCAUCCGAAGCAGCAGCAGUCAGUGCAUCGACAGCAACAGCAGCAGACCGCGCGAAAAGUGGGAGUCAUGGGCAGCAGGCGUAUUUUUCCGCCGUCUUUUAAGCUCAAGGUGCUGCACUCGUACAGGAAUGACGUGGACUGUCGCGGCAAUCAGCGUGCCACCGCGAGGAAAUUCGGGAUACACCGCCGGCAGAUUCAGAAGUGGCUGCAGUGCGAGGAGAAUCUGAAAAAUUGUGCCGAAAACGGGAACGCCAGGCCGGCCUCGACGACAGACUCGUCCGCGAGUGUAUCGAAAUCGGAGAGUGCGACGGUGACGGAAGGCGGCGGCCCCGCAGGACCCGCUGCGAUCCCAGCGGCGCCGGCCUUGAACCUUAACGUUGCCAGACUGCAUGGCGACGAGCUGACUCCACAGCAGAGGUCCCCACCUCCUGCUUCUCCUCCGCAUCUUCCGCGUUGUGACGCGUCCCCCCCGACUCGUCUUCGAACUGUUCCCAAAAAUAUGCUCCUGCAAGGCGUGUUGGGCUAUUCGCAAUAUUCGCCGCCGUCGUCCUCAUCAUCAUCCUCGUCGGACCGGAAACAUCACCAUCGGGAGGCGGAGAACGCGAUGAUCGUGCAAGAGAUCCACUACGUGGACACGCAAGUGGAUCAGGACCGUAAUUAUUACGGGGACGGGCCGACAAUAGACGUGGAGACGACGUCGGUGCACAGCUGUGAUAGAAAUGAGAUUGCGGCGCAUGAAAGUAUCAGGAGCUACUAUUGGUCGUCUACGGAACAUCAGUGUGCCGCGAAGGAUGCUAACGAAGCGAUCGCUCAUCCUCAGCAUCAUCAGCAACAACGUCAUCACUCGCCGAAUCAUUGCGCGCAGACUUACGGAAAUGUCGAUUUGUUCAACAGACAUUUGCACGGUCUGAUAGGAGCGUCGUUGAUAAAGACAGAGCCAGCUAGCCCAGACUCGACGGCGACGUCAGGGCCGUACGAGCCGGCCGGCUCGCCCGGUGGCCAAUGGGCCCCGCAGUCGCCCACGGUAUCGCAUCAAGUCGCCAACAACAGCAGCGGCUCCUCGUUGCCCGCUCACUUCAACUCCACGGCGGGCCCCUCGCACGUGCAUGAGCACGCACACAUGCUGCUGGUUCCCAGUACGCCGUACUCGUCGCAUCAGCACGAGAGAGAGUCGGAGGAGACGACGGGCUACGCCGAAGAGAGGGGGGAGCAAAAGGAAUAUUGCGGGACGGUGAUUAAGGAAGAGGUGGACCUGCCCGAAGAUGAGGUGUACGACGAAAGGCUGGGGAAUAACGCGUCCCCGUACAUCGACGUGACCGGCGACCUGUCGAGAGACACCCUGGAGGACUCGGAAAACGCCCCCGUCGAGGUGGACGAUUGCUCCGCGUCGAGUCCUGGCGAUCCCGGCAGGUCCAGCAGCAACUCGUCGGACAGCGAGAUGGGCUCCCUCGACGGUGCUCCCGGUAAUCAAAGUUCACCCGGCAAUCUCACCCGCAGACAGCAGCUCCGGCGAUCGUUCCCUCUGAGCUUCAAACUCGACGUGCUCGACGCCUUUCACAAGGACGCCGACGUAGCCGGCAACCAGCGAGCCACCGCGAGGAAAUUCGACAUAAAUCGUCGGCAGGUGCAGAAGUGGCUGUUGAAGGAGACGGAUCUCAGGGACGAGAUCGCACUUCGCGGGGACUCGCGGCAACGACUGGCUCCCGCUCAAGAACUUUUCGUCGAUUCGCCCAUAGAUCUGAGAACGAUCAACUACGUAUCUUCGGACUGCAGUCGGCCGUCGUCCGGCGCGGGUCUCGAGGCGGAGUACGAACGGUCACCGCCGCAUCACCAUUACUACGAGGUCGACGGAAUCCCAUGCAUCCGUACGCUUUAUUUCAACGCCGAGACGACGGCACCGUCCGUCGAAGUGGAGCCCGCGGGACGUUGCAUUCUGCCUUGCUGCGCGGACAAACGUACGACAACAUCGACUACGUCCUCUAGUCAGGAUCUGUCUUUAAGAGGAUCCUACACGGAGUCGCCGAGUGGUCUGUACUGCUACUCGCCUAAAGAUUACGCGGAGACCUACAGCCUUACCGAGGAACAGCCACCUUCCUCGAAGAGACAGGCUUAUUCCUGGAACAAUGCUCCUUCGCCCAAGAGAUUUUGCUCGGACGACACGGCGUCACAAAAAGACCCUUCGCAAGAUCGGCCUCUUUGCCUCGUAAAACCGAAAAGGGCCUGGCUAAUGGCUUCUCGCAUGGAGGCGGCGUUAGCCAGAUCGACUCUCUCCGAGUCGGAUGCGUCCCAGCCCUCGUCAUCGACGUCGGCUAGGGAUGACGGGAUUCUUUUCAAGCCGUACCUGGACAACCCCGUGUGCAGGCCUGCGAGCAACGACGCCGUCCAGCGCGAGCUAUCGCCGAAAACCAGGGAGAACAUUAUUAACAAUAACAAGAGGAGUAUCGACAGUGGGAUCAACGACAACGAUAUCAUUCAUUACCGGCGCAUUUACAAGACGAACAAAAACCGCAGACUCCAGUUGAAUGUGCACCUGCCGACCUCCUUGAGGCCUUUGACAAACCCGAAGGCGGACUUGGAUCAUAUUAGCUACGGAGGUAUGAACUUUACCAGGUACCCGGCCCAUCAUGAGACUAGAAAUAGCUGCUUGUUCAACUGUCUCCGUCCUUACGAAGCGCAAACAAUGGGGAGUCCCCAUCUCGCGAUCAAUCAAAACGGCUUUGUGAUCACGAGGCACCCUCAUUUAAUUGUAAGCUCGGAGGACUCGUUUGCGAUCGAAUCGCUCUGUAGUUAAUUAUUUUAAGGACACCAAAAAUCCAGCGGGAUGAGAGAAUCUGCCGGCGAAGGAUCGAUCCGUACGUGAUCCGCGACACGUAGCGAACCACGUAAGCGCUUAUCGUUUCCGCGGAUCGGCCGGUGUCGCGCGUUAUACAUCGCGAUAAAGUCUUAAUCGGCCAUUGGACGAGUCGAGGCGUGGAAGGAGAUCGUACAUGCUCGCGUCCUCGGCUGGCGUCUUCCAAUUCCGCUAGACUUUCUCGCUCCUCUUUCCCCCCCCCGCGCCCCCCGUCUUCUCUUUCUCCGCAAAAAUCGUGCAGAUACCCCGGCAGAUUCUUUUCCCGCGGCCUUAUCGUCGAGAUUAGAGCCCGCUGGUUAUCGGCUAGGCCGUUUAGAGGUCGAAUGCGUUCGCUAUAAUUAUACAAUUAUGUCAGCGUGGUUGUCCGUUGCGACGUAUUCCGAAGGAAGAAAAUUUCAGGGAAGAUAGAAUCGUCUGAGCAGCAACGUUCUCUCGUGUAUUCAAUGCGCGAAAUUGUCGAAGAGAUUCCGAAAACUUUGGUUUCCGUGACACACGAGAAUCGUUUCCGGCAUUAUCGUAUGUAUUUUUCUCCGGGCCUUCCUGCACAUUAUCGUUCAUUGUUUGAAGUACCACGAGUAAAUCAAAAGCAUUCUCUCUGGAUGAUCUUAUCGCGACUGCGGCCCCCGCUGCGUGUCAUUUGGCGAAGCGUUGCGCUACGCGGAUUCUUCCAAGCGAUGGAUUUUUUUUAUGAUUCGACGAAAACACAGUAUUACUACGGUAUACUACAUCGUUUCUAGUUCAAUUUCGAUUUUUAUUAAUUAGGGUAGUUUAGGAUUUUUAAUUAGUUUUUCUCUUUAACUUUAGCUUUAUCUAUCUUGUCUUGUUUUAGUUUAGUUACACCGUCGAGCUUUAGCAUAGUUUAGUUUCUCUAGUUUAGCCUACUCGGUUUAGAUUUUUAUCGAAAGAAAAAAAAAAUAAAAACCAAAAAAAUUAUAAAAAUCAUUCGACAGAUUAUCGCAAAAAUUGGAAACUGUGGUAUCAGGUCGUAUAAAAUUACGAAAAAAAAAUAAAUUCAAGACUAUCAUUAGAUCGUGUAAAACGAGCAGAGAAUGGAAUUCGAAACUGUCAUUAGAUCGCGCGAUGCUAAAGUUAUCGGAAUCGUUCUGAUCUGUUCUUGCGGCAUAAUACGUAAUAUUAGAAGCGGGCAUUAAGCAUUCCCAUUGGGCGGACAUUAUUUCGCUUAUUAGAAGGCAUCGAAAAAAGAGUUUAGACUUCUCGUCUCGCGCCCACGCGGGAUAUUUCGGACGAAUCUCUCUGGCACGUUUGUGUUUGCACAAACCGUCAUUUGCGUUCCGGUUUCUCAUAUCGAUGUUUUAUAUUUCACAUGUGUCCUCGCUAGUCGUACGGAUACGUUGCGUCGGACAAAAACGUCAAGUAAAAAAAAAAAAACAGAAGAAGAAAAUGAAAAAUGGUUUCAGGGCACCUUUUCCCGACGUUCUGCGGAAAGCUACGUCGGAAACAAACACCGGCGGGCGUUAAUUGCACAACUUCUUAGUAACGCGACACGCCACUCACAAUUUUCCGCGUUCUGACCACGCGAUCGCAUUCGUCAUCGGCCGCGAAUUCGCAGUUGAUCUCUGUGCGGCGAUCGUUUAAUUGCUCAAACAAUUUCUUCCAUGUGCGCACACAUUGCGUCACACGCAAACUACUUAGUAUUACGACACACUAUCCUUGUUCCCUUCGAUCUUACCUUCAAGAUCCGCCUGACUGGUUGGGAUGGGAAAUUGUUCAGGGAAAACCUAAUGGCAAAAUUAACGGUAAAGUUAUCAAUUACAUGCUACCUGUGCGCAUUCCCGAGAAAACGCACGGGUAGCACAUAAAUUACAUAAUUUUACACAUCAUCACGUUCGCGUGUGUCGAUCACAGAACGUAAAUGAUGACUCAUUACAGCAAUCGACGAUCAGUUAAACCUGUUAUUUUGAGUAAAACAAAGGAAAAAGAUCGAGAAGACACACAUAGCUCUGUCGAAAUUAAACAUAUAAUAAUACAGAAAUCACAUAUAAAUAAAAAUUAUGUAAUAAAGACAAUUUUACCGCUAAUUUACAUUAGGUUGGGUACCCAGUUGGGCGGAUAAUUGAAGGAAAGACUUUCAUCUUUCGACAGUUGUCUUUUUUCUGUUUUCUCUCUCAACCUCUCUCUCUCUCUCUCUCUAACACACACACACACACUCUCUUUCUCUUAUCACCUUCUCACAACGUCGUUUAUAAAUAUAGAAAAAGAUGCAUACAUCCGGUGGAGAAUCGUUCGAUUUUAAAUUAUGUACAGGUCGAAAAGUUGCCGGAUCGUUAUCAGAAUUUGGAACUUUCUACCAUGCAUUUAAUGUAAAUAUCAUGAUAUCACACAGAAAGAUCCAAUUGAUCCCCAAUGUUCUCGCAUUUGAGGCGAAACAGGCUAUUUUUGUAAGACCGCCCGACUGAGAGAAAAAAAGUGAAAGAGAGAGAGAGAGAGAGAGAACGAGAGCGCGGUACGAGAGAGAAAAUCUGGAAACUCGAGGCGAUACAAGUCGCAAGCACUUCCGCCGGAGACCACUUCGUGUGCCUUUAUUUCGUAGGUGUAAAACGAGACACAGGUGCGUUCUCGAUGCAUGGCGUGCGCACGCGUUUGCCGCGCGCGUUCAUUUCGUAAAUCACGUACGGGGAGAGAUGUUUCACGGAAGAGCGUAGAUUUGAUAGAGACAGGAGCGCUAUACGAGUUCGCUCGCCGUGCUCACCUCGCUCUCGGUGUAUUAAUUUGCCAAAUAACGAGAAAGACUGACGGCGAUGCGCUGCGCGAUUAAUCAUUCGUCCGUCGAUGGGACACUCGAGAGCGAACGGAGCGUCGUCGUCGCGUUCGCACGCCGAGCGUUAGACACAAACUAUCAUUUAGUUCGCCGAUUAUCGACGGUCGGAUGAAGCGAGGAGUAUGAAUUGAAAAGAAAAGACACAUAUGGCUAUGUUAACAAACAAAAUCCAUGUGCCUUAUAUUGUUAUAUACAUGUUAGAGCGCACACGCGACGUGAGUCGUGCUGUGCCGGAUCUUGGUUUUGUACCAGCGACAUAUAUAUAUAUUGUAUAAUAUGUGACAUAAUAUUAAGCAUGCUGCGAAUAAACAUUACAACAUUGUACAUAUGUAUAGUUUAGGAAGAGAGGCGCGACGGCAAAUCGCACGACACGCGUGGGAAGCAGUUUCUUCUCUCUCUCUCUCUCUCUCUUUCCCUCUAGAGAGAAAGAGAGACGACAAAACACAAACUCUCCCCUCUCGACAAAAAUUGGUCGUGUUUUUCGUGUCCUUUAUCAGAUCCCACGUUGGAAUUGUGUGAGUUCCCGUUUAAGAUUUGUCGUCGCGCUUCUGACAACAGAAUCGGGGUUACGAUGACGAUUCAGACGUGAAUGAGAGAGAGGAAGAGAGAGAGAGAGAGUCAAAACGUUCGCGCGGCCCAUUCGUAUCGCGAGCCAAGUCGUCGAAAAUGUUGUGUACAUAAGAAAUAGUUUCCGUUGCAAUAACGAGCACGGCUCGAGCACUCCCGUCGUCCGCAGUGUCCGGAACAUUUGCGCUUGGACAAUCAACAACGAUAUGUCCUUGUCGGGCGCACCGUCUCUUUUCUUCCUCCGUUACGAGGGAAUAAAAAGACAAUCGGCUGGAAACUAGGGGUUGUUUAUGAGCCUCGGAAGACUUUACAAGUGGAAGAUCACAUGACCGUCUUCUCUGAGCAGGUAGUAACUUCUCGUGCAGGCCAUUCGCAAACAUCGCGGGUUUAGCAAGUGUCUUCGUGAAAAGCGAUACGUGUUACGCCGGUAUUGUCUUUUUUUUAUCAACGACGAGCUUUAACGCCUGCUUCCCAGCGAUGGGACCCGAGAUAACAACGAGCCUUAGGAUAGAAGGUCACUAAAAUAUACACACGCGAAACAGAAGUGAUUUUCGAGAUGCGCUGUAUGCUCUACAAGCAGCGUCUCGCCUGAUGAAAAUGUCUCGGACAGUAAAAGUCGGCCGACCGUGUUGUUGUAUGGGAAAAAGAAAAAAAAACGUGUUACACAAACGACGCGCGUUACGUAAGCGCGUAGCUCUUAAAAUCGCGAUCUGGAAGAAAAAAAGGGACUCUUAUCUCCAAGUUGAAAUCUAUAAAAUUGCAAUCUUCGUUGCGAUUUAUCCACCCGCCGACGCGAGACGCCUUUCAGCCGUGACACGGCUGUUUCAAUAUUUGCGAGGAAUUUGAUCGAUCGAUACGUGGAAGUUUGAAAAGAAGCGCGCCGUACUAUGAUUAUCCACUUGUCGGCAUCGCGCGCGCGCGCAUGUCUGUAUUUUUUCCGGGCUGAGAGCGCGAUAUCUCUCGCAAUCUAAUGCGCGAGCUGCUUUAGCAUCUAACCGACAAUGAUUCACAAAGGUUUCCCUCUGAUAAUACGCCAGCAAGGUCGAACGCGAAAGAACUCCUCGCUUAUCUCCCCGAGAAUCGCGAGAAUGCGUCGAGUGGCGCGGCGCGCUGCUCGCCGGCGGAUGGCGCCGAUUUUCGCGCAUUGGGAACACGCGCGUCGGUGCAUUCGUAUAUAUUUGAGACAAACAUCGGCUCACGCGAUAAAACCCCGUCGUUGUUACUCCCGUGUGUGUGCCUGGGACUUCAGCCUCUCGGCCGCACGCGCGUGCAACUAAACAAACGAACCGCUCCGGAAUUAGGCGCAUAAUCGCUCGCGAUUAUUCGCGCUCUACUAAUUCUCGCAGCCGCUAAAUCCGCGCGUGAGAGAGGUGAAAUGGUAUCUUCCGUCGGUACAAAUUCAAUAGGGCCAUCGGGCUUUCGCACUGAGGAAAAUUAUUAUUAUUAUCGGCCUCAAAUAUACGGAAAAAAGUGGUAGAAUCAAGCAAAUAAUCGCCUAUUUUUCAAUAUGUUAAGUCAAGUAGAAUUUUUAUCAAUUUAAGUGUACUUUAAUAGCUCGUAGUAAAUAUUCACCUGAACGCAGUAAUACCGUAAUUUGUAGAUGAAUUACUGAAUGUAAGUGUAAAAUGGUUUUAUAUUUAAGAGAGUAUUUAUUCGAAUUUAUUAGAAUUAUGUAA